UGGCGGUGGCGGUGGAUCGACUCUGUAGCGGGCAGUGUGGUGCAUACAAAUCAGGGAUGAGUGCAGCGGGUAGUGCCCGGUCCGGUUCGGCCGCCGGUCCGGUUCAGCAGGGACUCAAAGAAGCUCUGAUCGAGACUCUCACGGCCAUCCUGUCCCCGGCUCAAGAAGUGCGCACCGCCGCGGAGGAGCAGAUCAAAGUGCUGGAAGUGACAGAGGAGUUUGGUGUCCACCUGGCAGAACUCACAGUUGAUCCCCAGGGGGCGCUCGCAAUCCGUCAGUUAGCAUCAGUCAUCCUGAAGCAGUAUGUGGAGACUCACUGGUGUUCCCAGUCAGAGAAAUUCAGGCCUCCGGAAACGACAGAUCAGGCUAAAGCUGCCAUCAGAGAGCUGCUGCCUAGCGGUCUGCGGGAGGCAAUCAGCAAAGUCCGCUCCAGCGUUGCGUAUGCCGUGUCGGCCAUCGCGCACUGGGACUGGCCUGAAGCCUGGCCGCAGCUGUUCACACUCCUGAUGGAGAUGCUGGUCAGCGGAGAUGUUAAUGCUGUGCACGGGGCCAUGAGGGUCCUCACAGAGUUUACUCGGGAGGUGACAGACACACAGAUGCCGCUGGUGGCUCCUGUCAUCCUUCCUGAAAUGUACAAAAUCUUCACCAUGGCUGAGGUGUACAGUAUUCGUACCCGAUCCAGGGCUGUGGAAAUCUUCACCACCUGCGCAAACCUCAUCUGUGCUAUUGAAGAGCUCGAGAAGGGAGCAGCCAAAGCAUUGAUCUUCCCUGUGGUGCAACAGUUCACAGAGGCGUUUGUGCAGGCUCUUCAGAUGCCUGAUGGACCCUCGUCCGAUAGUGGGCUCAAGAUGGAGGUCCUCAAGGCAGUAACAGCAUUGGUGAAGAACUUCCCAAAACCCAUGGUGUCCUCCAUGCAGCAGAUUUUACCCAUUGUGUGGAAUACACUGACGGAAAGUGCAGCUUUUUAUGUGCGAACAGAAGUGAACUACACAGAGGAAGUGGAUGACCCUGUAGACUCGGAUGGUGAGGUUUUGGGUUUUGAGAAUCUGGUGUUCAGCAUCUUUGAGUUUGUGCACACGCUGCUGGAGAACAACAAGUUCAAGAGCACGGUGAAGAAAGCUCUGCCCGAACUCAUCUACUAUAUCAUCCUGUACAUGCAGAUCACUGAGGACCAGAUCAAAAUAUGGACGGCUAACCCUCAGCAGUUUGUGGAGGAUGAGGAUGAUGACACCUUCUCAUACUCCGUCAGGAUCUCUGCUCAGGACCUUCUACUGGCUGUAGCUGCAGAGUUUCAGAAUGAGAGCGCAGCAGCUCUGGCAGCAGCAGCGACGAGACACCUCCAGGAGGCUGAGCAGGCCAAAAACAGUGGAAAUGAGCACUGGUGGAAGAUCCACGAGGCUUGCAUGCUGGCCCUCGGCUCUGUCAAAACCAUCAUCACUGAGAACGUGAAGAACGGUCGGAUCCAGUUUGACAUGCACGGUUUCCUUGCAAGUGUCAUUCUCGCCGAUCUCAACCUGCCAGCGGCAUCUCCGUUCCUGCUUGGCCGAGCUCUGUGGGCGGCCAGUCGCUUCACGGCAGCCAUGUCUCCUGAGCUUAUCCAGCAGUUCCUCCAGGCCACCGUCAGCGGCCUCCAUGACAGCCAGCCGCCCUCCGUCCGCAUCUCCGCAGUCCGGGCCAUCUGGGGGUAUUGUGAUCAGCUGAAGCUGUCAGAGAGCACCCACGUCCUUCAGCCCUUCCUCCCCAGCAUCCUUGAGGGACUGGUCCAACUGGCCGCCCAGUUCAGCUCCGAGGUGCUAACCCUCGUCAUGGAAACCCUGUGCAUCGUGUGCACCGUCGACCCUGCCUUCACCACCAGCGCUGAGAACAAGAUCUGCCCCCUAACCAUCGCAAUUUUCCUUAAAUAUAACAAUGACCCUGUGGUUGCAUCUCUGGCUCAGGACAUCUUUAAGGAGCUGGCACAGAUCGAAGGCUGCCAGGUCCCCAUGCAGAUGCGUCUCAUCCCCACGCUGGUCAGCAUCAUGCAGGCUCCCCCCGACAAGAUUCCCACUGGACUCUGUGCUACAUCUAUAGACAUCCUGACCACAGUCGUCCGAAACACGAAACCUCCUCUUUCAGAGAUGCUGGUAUGUCAGGCGUUCCCUGUGGUCGCUCAGUGCACCUUACGCACCGACGACAACACCAUCAUGCAGAACGGCGGCGAGUGUCUGCGGGCGUACGUCUCUGUUGCCCUCGAGCAGAUUGCCCAGUGGCGAGACGAGCAGGGUAACAGCGGCGUGUGGUACGUCAUGCAGGUGGUCAACCAGCUCCUGGACCCCAGGACCUCUGAGUUCACGGCCGCCUUCGUGGGCAGGUUGGUGUCCACUCUGAUCUCUCGGGCGGGAACUCAACUCGGGGAACAGCUGGACCAGAUCCUCAGAGCCAUUCUGAGCAAAAUGCAGCAAGCCGAGACCCUGAGUGUUAUGCAGUCCCUGAUCAUGGUGUUUGCCCACCUGGUUCACUCCCAGCUGGAGCCUCUGUUGGAGUUCUUGUGCAGUCUGCCCGGCCCAACGGGGAAACCCGCUCUGGAAUUCGUCAUGACGGAGUGGAUGAGCAGGCAGCACCUCUUCUACGGACAGUACGAGGGUAAAGUCAGCACGGUGGCUCUCUGUAAGCUGCUGCAGCACGGUCUCAACACCGAUGACAAACGUCUCCAGGACAUCGUGGUGAAGGGAGAGGAGAUCUACAGCCCUGAAGACGGCAUCCGCACACGCUCCAAAUCUGCAAAGAACCCAGAGCGGUGGACAAACAUUCCUUUGCUGGUGAAGAUCUAUAAACUGAUCAUCAAUGAGCUGUCGACGGUCAUGGAGGCAAACGCCAGCAGAACCAACGCAGCAGACUGGAGCCAAGAUUCGAGUGGUAUGUGGGAGGACAAUGCCGAGGAUGAGGGGGAGGAUGAAGAGGAGGAGGAUGAAGGGCUCGCCGGGCAGCUGCUUUCUGAUCUCAUCGCCUCCAACAAAUACGACGAUGAUUAUUAUGAAGAUGAUGAUGAAGAUGAUCCUGAUGCCUUGAAAGACCCCAUUUAUCAGAUUGAUCUGCAGGCUUACCUGACAGACUUCCUGACACAGUUCGCCCAGCAGCCGUGUUACAGCAUGUUCUCGGGUCACAUCAACAACGCGGAGAGACAAACGCUGCAGUCUGUAGGACUCUAACGGCGCCAUCUGCUGCUCCCAGAAGGCAGCUCUUCUUCCAUCUACAACGCCCUUCUAUCACCGCAUCACUUCUGUUCUCGUGAUGAGUUUAGCAAACGGCAAAGAAAAGCAUGAAGACUGGCACGGCAGAAGUAAAAGAACGGGGUUUAAAGAGAUGGACUUGCACUUACAAAUCACUCUCCCGUCUCUGUGUAGUUGUGAUGGGAUGGACUUUGCAGUUGUUAAGAGUGAUGGAGACGAAGAGGUGAGAGACUGAAGAAGGUCAGAGGACUCAUCAUUUUAGACCGGACAAGAGUGUUGAGUAAAAAUGUUGGGGCUCCAUGGCAGGACAGGUGAACCAUGAAAUAUGAACAGACUUUGUUUGCCAUGUCCUGUUUGUAACUUAGCCCAUUAUUUUUGUGUUUCUGUAUAAACAGAAAAAAAAAAUCCAACCCCCCCCCCGAAAACACUUCCCAAGAGAUUUUACAUUGAACAAUGAAAGGUCAAGAAAAAAACAAAAACACAUCCUGAUCUUUGAAACGGGAGAAUAUAUGGCGGCCUUAUAUUUCAGGAAAGCAAUGACUGUUUCUGACAGGAAAUGAAAAGCUCUUUGACCAUCAUGUCUUGGGGUAUUGUGGGUAUUUGGGAAUUCACACUCCCCAUGGUGUUUCACAGCAUUUCCUUGUACCUGAUAAAAUUUGGGAUAGAUACAAUUUCUAAAUAAAAAGUCCAGGAAGGACAAUAUUUCCAGAUUAA